CGCGCAGGAGGGCUACGACGGCGGGCUUCGCGGGGUGGACAUGUUCCGGUCGCACAUCUCUUUCGGCAGUCUGGCCGCGUCUGCGCUGGUGACGGCGGUGGACCUGCAGAGUGGCCGCGUGGGCCUGGCGCCGCGCGGGAACCCGCGCGCUGAGAGCACGGAGGAGUUCUGUGCGCCGCGCGCGGUCUGCCAGGACAGCGCGUCGCAGAUCUACUACCCGCCGCGGAACGUCUGCGAGGAGACCCCGACUGCGGGAGGUACUUCUUCCUGGUGCUGGACGAAAGGACCAGGACUCGGACCUGCGUCUGGAACGCCGCCGUGCCGACCCUCCUCGGGGCAGUCCUGCUCUCGCUGCUGGUGCUGGACCUGGCCAGCCACAGGUUCUACACGAAGGCGAUCGCGAAGGCCUCGGAGCAGCAGCGCGAGAGGGGCUUCCCGCGGUGAGCCUGGGGGGCGAGCGCCCGCGCGCGCGCGGCUCUCCCCCCGCGGCGGGCGAGGAGAAUCAUCGAUGCCCCGCGGCCCGUUCGGGAGGGCCCCCGCUGCCACGGCCCGUUCUCCCUCUCGAGCCCCAGGCGACGAGCGAUGAUCCGAAUGGGUGGCCGUGGCCGCCGUCCCGGCGCCCCC